UUAAAUAGUGUACAUGGGGGAACACUCUCACCCCAAUUCAGAAUCGGUGGUUAGGGCCAAUCACAAGUUGUUUGCUUCAGUUACCAGAAGUUUUGAUGGAGCACAACAAGAGGCACUUCACCAUUACAGCAAAAGCUUUAGAGGCUUCUCAGCUAUGCUUACACCAGAGCAGGCACAACAACUCAAAUCCAGUGAUUUGGUCGUUUCCAUGUUUGAGAGCAAGAUGAAUAAGCUCCACACAACACGUUCUUGGGUAUUUCCGGGAAUAGAGUCUACAAAUCAAUAUAAUCAGAUGCCAAUUAGCAAAACUCAUUCAGAUAUCAUUGUUGGUGUCAUUGACGCAGAAAUUUGGCCUGAAUCAAAGAGCUUUAAUGAUAAAGGAUUGGGUCCUGUACCCAAAAAAUUCAAGGGAGAGUGUGUUACUGGUGAACGUUUUACUUUGGCCAACUGCAACAGGAAGAUUAUAGGUGCCCGGUUCUAUUCACAAGGGUUUGAAGCAGAGUCUGGGCCUCUUGAAUCUUUUAACCUCCCAUUCUUCCGGUCAGCUCGAGAUGGUGAUGGGCAUGGAUCACACCUUGACACUGCCUCAACAAUAGUUGGAUCCAUGGUAGCAAAUGUCAGCUUAUUUAGUAUGGCUAGCGGCACUGCAAGAGGUGGUGCACCAAAUGCCAGACUUGCCAUCUACAAGGCGUGUUGGUUUCACCUGUGCAGCGAUGCUGACAUUCUUUCUGCCCUGGAUGAUUCCAUUGGUGAUGGUGUUGAUGUCCUUUCUCUUUCCCUAGGCCCAGAUCCUCCCCAGCCUAUUUGCUUUGAAAAUGCGAUCUCUAUUGGUACUUUCCAUGCAUUCCAAAGAGGGAUUCUAGUUUCCGCUUCCGCGGGAAACUCAGGUUUACCACGGACUGCUACCAACGUUGCACCUUGGAUCCUUACUGUGGCCGCAAGCACAGUCGACAGGGAAUUCAAUUCAAACAUUUAUCUUGGAAAUUCGAAAGUUCUAAAGGGUUUCUCUUUAAACCCAAUCAACAUGCAAACUUCUUAUGGUUUGAUAGCUGCAAGUUCUGCAGCUGCCCCAGGUGUUACAGCAAAGAAUGCAAGCUUUUGCAAGAACAAUAAACUAAACCCAACCUUAGUUGGGAGGAAAAUAGUGGUGUGCACAAUUGAAACUGUUAACGAUAACAGGGGUGAAAAAAGCAUAUUCUUAAAAGAAGCUGGUGCUGUUGGAAUGAUACUAGUCGAUCCGUUGGUAAAAGAUGUUGGCUUUCAUUUCGCCAUCCCUGGCACUUUAAUUGGUCAAGAUGAAGCAGAAGAACUUCAAGCAUAUAUCAUUACAGCAAAGAAUCCAGUUGCUAGAAUCUCCCCAACUACAACAGUUCUGAAUACUAAACCCGCACCAGAAGUGGCCGUAUUUUCUUCCAUGGGACCAAAUAUAAUAACUCCAGACAUUAUUAAGCCAAACAUCACAGGACCUGGAGUGAAUAUUUUGGCAGCAUGGUCUCCAGUGGCUACUACAGCUACAGCUGAACGAUCUGUCAAUUAUAACAUAAUCUCCGGCACCUCAAUGUCUUCCCCGCAUGUUUCUGCAGUUGCAGCAAUGUUAAAAUCUUACCAACCUUCCUGGUGUCCAGCAGCCAUAAUGUCCGCAAUAAUGACAACAGGUAAAUUGUGCCAACAUUAUAAUAUCAAAAAUUGUAAUUUACUCCAGUCUCUGAUUAUCCAAUAUCUAUGGGUUCAUAGCAAUGGUCCCACUCGACAUGCCAUAGGAAGGGAUCCAAAUGGCUCUCCCACCACGCCCUUUGACUACCGAUCUGGACACAUCAACCUAGCUGCAGCAUUCAAUCCUGGACUUGUAUAUGAUUUUAAUUCCCAUGACAUCAUCAAUUUUCUCUGCAGCAAUGGUGCAACCCCUUCACAGUUGAAAAACCUUACAGGGGAACUAGUACAAUGCAAGAACCCUCCUACACCUUCCUACAAUUUUAAUUACCCUUCAAUUGGUGUUGCCAACAUGAAUGGAAAUUUACCUGUUUAUCAAACAGUCACUUAUUAUGGUGAAAAUCCAACGACAUAUGCUGCAUCUAUUGACUACCCAACUGAUGUAGAAGUUAGAGUCCAGCCAGCUAAACUGAAGUUUACAAAGAUGGGGGAGAAAUUGUCUUUCAGAGUUGAUUUCAUGCCCUACAAGAACAGAAAUGGGAGCUGUGUGUUUGGGGCAUUAACAUGGACCAAUGGUAUAAAUAGGGUUAGGAGUUCUAUUGGUGUGAACGUGGUUUCUGUGUAG